CGAAUUCUUGUCUCUGCAAACCAUUAUUCACGAAAGACGACUGAAUAUGUAAAAUUAAUAAUCCAUCGUAUGCAAAACCCGGAUGUUUUUUCCAUGGCAUGCACCAUUCGGUUUCUUUCUCAACAUGGUCAAUUUCAAGAAGCUGUUGCUAUGUAUUUGCAUUUACAUAGUUCAGGACUUUUUCCGAACACGUUUGCUAUAUCAUCCGCACUGAAGGCUUGUGCUAGGAUUUUAUGUAAUGUAGGAGUUAUGAUUCAUGGUCAAGCACACAAGUUCGGUUUAUGUAACGUUGUUUAUGUUCAGACAGCUCUUGUGGACUUCUAUUCGAAAAUGGGUCAUAUGGACACUGCACGUCGGGUGUUUGAUGAAAUUCAUGGGAAGAAUGUUGUCUCUUGGAAUUCAAUGUUAGCGGGGUAUGUGAAAUCGGGAGAUUUAGCAAUGGCUCAGAGCGUGUUUGACGAAAUGCCGGAGAAGGAUGUGAUAUCUUGGAAUUCAAUGGUUUCUGGUUAUGCGAUGACCAGGAACAUGGAGCAGGGAUAUGCAUUGUUUCGACAGAUGCCAGAGAGGAAUUCUGCUUCCUGGAAUGCUAUGAUCUGUGGGUACAUAGAUUGCGGGAAGAUAGAAUUAGCACGCAGCUUUUUUGAUGCGAUGCCCCAGAAGAACAACGUUUCUUAUAUCACAAUGAUUUCCGGGUACUCAAAAUGUGGGCGUGUAGAGCCUGCAGAAGAGCUAUUUGGUCAGAUGGGAGAGAAAGAUCAGUUUUUGUACAACGCCAUGAUAGCGUGUUAUGCACAGAAUAGCAGGGCAAAAGAGGCCCUUCAGCUUUUCAAUGAAAUGCUUAAGCCAGAUGUCAAUAUUCAGCCAGACAAAAUGACAUUGGCUAGCGCUAUUUCUGCUUGCUCCCAGCUGGGAGAUUUAAAAUUCGGGACUUGGAUCGAGUCAUUAAGGAAGAAAAUGGGAAUCGUAAUGGAUGAUCAUUUGGCUACCUCUUUCAUGGACCUGUAUGUGAAAUGUGGAAGCAUUGAUAAAGCUUAUAAGCUGUUUCAUGGCCUGCGAAAGAAGGAUUUAGUUGCUUAUACUGCAAUGAUUUUGGGAUGUGGUAUCAAUGGCAUGGCAGAGGAUGCCAUCAAGCUGUUCGAGGAGAUGAUGGAUUCUGAGAUCAACCCAAACUUGGUUACUUUCACGGGAAUAUUAACUGCCUAUAAUCACGUAGGUUUGGUUGAAGAAGGCUAUCACUGCUUUACGUCCAUGAAAAAGUAUGGACUCAUUGCAUCAGUCGAUCAUUAUGCUAUCGUGGUUGACCUUUUGGGUCGAGCUGGACGAUUAGAAGAAGCCCACGAGUUGAUUAAGAGCAUGCCAAUGCAGCCUCAUGCUGGUGUUUGGGGUGCAUUGCUUCUUGCUUGCAGU